AGGAACAACACGGCGUAGGUACGGAUAUUGUACGAAGAAAAUCUGCUGGCUGUUCGUGGGCCAAGGGCUAAACUUUUCGAAUACUUGUCCCUUCACUUGCAGUAUCUUCAGAUCCCCACACACCACACACACACCCGCUUAGCAGUCUAGGCGGCGCCGCGGCACGCGCAUGGGGUCGUUUGGGCUUCCAAGGCCCUUGGGUCUUGGGAAACCAAGAAGAGAGGAGCCCGAGAGCCUUGCACGGCCCGAUGACGCUACUGCAGCUGCCAAUGCGUGUGUUCUUUGCUCCUGCUCUUCUCUAUUUGUACUCACGUCUUGGGCCCUGGUGUUACUCAAGGCUCGAGUGCGACGUGCCACGGACUUACACGGAUCCUUGCUUGCUUCUUCCGCCUGUGACGUCGUCAGCUCUACCUCCCCUGUGGUCUGACUUGGAGAAUAAUCUCCCCCAGUGGGAAGCUCUUUCUCGCUCACUCACUUCGCUAUUACUCUUGACUUCCCUCAAGUCUUGUAGUAGUGCAUCCCCUUUUACUCUCUUCCGGCGGCGUGACACUUCUCUACGCACGCAAACCCGCACGAUGCACUUAAGGACAUUGUUUGCCGCCGCGUUGGCAACAACGGUAUCGGCGCAGACGUAUUCAUCAUGCAAUCCUCUUCACCAAACAACUUGUCCCGCGAACACAGCCCUAGGCAUGGCCAUUCACGUCGACUUCACACAGGGCGCCGUCAACUCUUUCGCCGCCUCCGGAAACCCAACUUACGGGGAUGACGGCGUCACCUUUUCUGUCGCCGCCUCGGGCCAGGCCCCCCAGCUCAUGUCGCUCUUCUAUAUCAUGUUCGGCCGCGUCGAGAUCACGCUCAAGGCCGCCACCGGCGCGGGAAUCGUCAGCUCCCUCGUCCUGCAGUCCGACACCCUCGACGAAAUCGACAUGGAGUGGCUUGGCGCCGAUCCGACAGAGGUGCAGUCCAACUACUUCGGCAAAGGUGACGUGACGACGUACAACCGCGGCCAGUUCCACCAGACGGAUAACAAUCAGGAAAAGUUUAUGAAGUACACCAUCGACUGGACCUCGGAGCGCAUUGUCUUCUCCGUCGACGGCACCGUCGUACGCACCCUGACUGAGGCCGAGGCCGACGAGAACCAGUAUCCGCAGUCGCCGAUGCAGGUCAAGUUCGGCUCCUGGUCGGGAGGCGACCCGGCCAACGCCCCAGGGACCAUCGACUGGGCCCGCGGGCCGACGGACUUCAGCAAGGGGCCCUUCCACAUGGUUGUCAAGGACGUCUCCAUCACCGACUACUCGACCGGCAAGGAGUACAAGUACACCGAUACCUCGGGCAACUGGGGCUCCAUCCAGGCCGUCGACGGCCAGGUCAAUGGAAACCUCGGCAAGGCGGGCCAAGUCACGUAUACGGCUAGUGCAGCCGCCGAGACGGGCUCGCCCGCGCCGACGGUACCUAGAGGCGGUAUUGGCGCCGACGAGUCUGCCACCGCGACGCAGACGGGCUGGCCGUGGGUCGCCAGCGCGAGGCCGACCGGCGGCUCCGUGCCGGAUGGCUGGCGCAUGAACUCCGAGGGCAAGAUCAUCCCGGACGGCGCUGGGGUAUCGGUACGCCCCCAAUGCUUGACCAUUUUGGCGUCUUUUGUUCUUGGUGUUGUCGCCUUGGCUGGGCGCUAAAUAUUCAUGAUACCCAUCGGAAUGAAGGGUUCGAAAGAGAGGAGAAGGCAAAUAAGGGCAAUCCAGGUCUCACGAGUCGUAAUGAAUACGUACAUACCAGCAAUUGGAUUUCAGCGGGGGACAUAGAAAACGGUGGUUACACACGGACAGGGCUUUUUGCAUAACAUGGCGUUUCAAGGAGAAUUAUUCGAAUUCUAUGUUUGAAUGGAAAAUAUCGACGGAAUCAGGUGCAAGCAUAUGAGAUAGAUAUAGUGUACUAUAUGUAGCCAAGUCAUCUCGAAAAGAACAGGAGUAUGGCCUGUGAAAUGAUUAUACCAUACUACAUUGAUGUAGAGAGAUC